AUGAAAUACCAUCAGCUGGUACGACUGGUGUUAAUCAUAUUCGCCAUCACAUCAUCAGUACGAGCACUCCCGUCUUCCAAUGCAUUAGAAGAGAAGACUGGCAGUACAGAGCAGAACAGAGAAACAACUAAUAGCUUCUCAGGCGACGCUUAUACUAUUCAAUCGCCCAGUCAUACAUCAAAUUUACAAACUGGCACCUCGGAUAGGAGCAGCAGCAAUAAGAUUGAUUCGAGGAGUGGGACUACUAGUGUAAUAGCAAACUCUGCAGAUAAAAGCUCAUCAGCACCUGGGGAUGCGAACGACCAAAAGGUCGGCAGUGAAAGCGAGAGCUCGCCGACAACAUCGACACAAUCUGAUAUCCCGACUACGUCACAGCUCUGGUCCGAAGCUUCCAAAUCAAGCUCUGUCAAACCUGAGGUCAUAUCAUCAUCACAGCAAAAAACUGAGACUACUUCUCUUAGCAUACCAAGCUCUACAUCUUCAAUAGGAACUAGUUUAUCAUCUGCCAGCGAUAGGGCGGUCGGUUCAACCAACUCAGGAGGGUCCAGUAAUACUUAUGAUAAAAAGACAUCAUCUCAAACUGUUUACACAAUCUCAAGUGACACCGAAACGAAAUUAAGCAACACUCCGACGACUAUCCAAUCCAGUUCCACUCGAAGUGGAAUUUCGAGCGACAAGAAUUCUGGUAUCUCAGCGGGAUUAACCAGCGAUUCCUCAGUCAAAGCUAGUUCGUCGACUUCCUCGACUUCUGAUCAACUUGCGCUUCAGACCUCCAAGUCGCAAGACAUCAACACGAUCUCAUCUUCUUCCGGAGCACCUACCAGUUCACCUGCUAGUUCAUUUACAGCACUUUCGGAUACGACAUCUACCACCUUCAGCGAUUCAAAACCAGCCCUAAUAACGGGGCAAUCUUCAUCGUUGAGUACCGAUACACCACCACUGGCCUCUUCUAUCAGCAAUACUCAGUCUAGCCAAAACAACAUAGCCGACGAUACUGACCGUAACGAAGGCACUUCCUCAAAGAUCACCACAAACUCAGAAACUUCGCCCGCACUGAACACACAAAAUGUUGUAACCAUUAUCCCUACUGAGAGCAAGUCCACAUUAACUAUCAACGAUACCCCACUAACCUCCUCUUCACAAAGUACGAGGCCCACUUCCAGCAUCACAGAUGAGUUAACCUCAUUGACUUCUACACCAGCAUCAACGGCUUCGAGUGAUUCGACAACAGCUUCUGGCUUCAGCUGGGACAAUCCUUUCGCAAACGAACUAUUUGUCAAUCCCAGUACCACCUCUGAUGCAACGCAGUCCACUGCGUCUAACAGCGAUACCCUAGUGGGCUCUACAUCCUCUAGUAGCGCUAUCUCUGUCACUCCCACCUCACCGACUAGUGCUGACCAAGCUACGACCUCUACAGGACAUCAACUGACUUGGGAUUCAUCGAGUCCUACUCCAACAUUCACGGUCCCCACUGACACAACGAUUUCGAGUAGCGAGCCUGAAAUCAGCUCCGAGAGUAGUGGGGAGUUCAAGUCUACUUCCUCCGAAGAGCAACCCACCUCUUCCUCUACUGGUGAACAGUCCAGCUCCUCUAGUAUUGAUACCUCGAUUACUUCCUCUCCAAUAGACAGUGCCGGGGAAGGCGAGCAAACCUUCUCGAAAAGCAGCAGCGAACCAGGGUUCGACCAAUCUACUUCUACGCCUACAACUACGGUCGUAAUUGAUGUAUCAGGCUUCAGACCUCUUACUUUUUUUUUUUCAAGCUCGGAAAGCUCUUUAGAAGUAAGUCACACAUCUAGCUCUACCUUUAAUGAGCCAGAUACAGCUUCAACCAUGCCUUCAAACUCAUACGGUGAAGGAACAUCCACUUCGCUCACAAGUGAUACCUCAGAGAGUUCCGCUCCAGAUUGGGAUCCGAGUUCCUCGACUAUGGCGACACCGCCCUUGAGUAAUAGCCAAUCAACAUCUGACGAUUUUGAGCAAAGCACAACCGAAUACUCAGGUCCUUCCUCCACUACUUCUACCCCGGAGGUUCCAAUUAUUACACUAACGUCAUCGAGUGAACCAGUUUACACGUUAUCUACUACUACGCCUUCGUCCAGUUCAAUAUUGACACCUAUAACCACGGAUGCAACAAGGGACUCCAGCAGUGUACUACAAACGAAUUCAGCCAACACAAUUACAAAUCCAAUCUCUUCCCUUUCGUCAUUUGGACAAUCCUCUCAAGAAUAUUCUGGCUCUGCACCACAUUACACGGAUACCUCAAGCAGUCAAACUACGGGAUCUAUCUUUGAAGUCACUUUAGCUACAAGUACUAUAUCAAGUAUUACCUCUCAGGAUUCGCCAACUUUCGAUUUAUCGUAUAUUACCUCCCAAUCUUCAAUCUCAUCCACUAGCACUUCAGGAAAUGUUGGUGGAGAAAUUGCUACAUCCAUUACAUCGGUCGACACGUCUAACAUUGACAUUGGGCAAAGUUCUUACGAAUCACCUUCACAAUCUUCGCUGACAACAGCUUCCCAGUUUCAGGUCUCUCAAGAUGGUACAUCCUCUGCUAUGGAAACCGGUUCAGUGCUGAAUGGGCAACCCGAAUCUACUGGGGCGCAAUCAUUUACAUCAGAUAUCGCUUCAGCAACAUCCCUCACUGAAUCCUCAUAUGACAGCAUAGCAACCGAAGAACCCACAAGCUCAAGUAAUCUCGAGACGAUCGAUUCAUCAUCAAAAACCGCCACAGCGACAUAUGACUCCGACUCUUUGUCGAACAGCAUCGCGUCCCAACAGGCUUCGGGCUCAAGUGACUUUCAGACCAAUAUUGGGACCACAUCUUCACCAUUCGAUACCGCCACGUCGACGUUCCUCACAAGCUCGUUAUCUGAUAGCAUGGUAUCCGAACAGCCUACGGUCUCAAAUAACCCCCAGGACACUCACAGUAUCAGCCAGACGGAGACCCUGGAACCUAGUUCUACCAGUUCGGGUACAUCCACUGAUGACACGCAGCCGAAUGACACAGGAUCAGAAUCGCUUAGUUUAAGUGCAACUACGAGAUCAUCUGUCGACCUCAUCUCUGGAACGGAAUCAGAUGGCUCCUUAAGGAUGACUUUAACAACAAGACCAGCUCAGUCGACUGGCUCUUUACUGACUACAGGACAGACGACUGCUGCGAACACUGGCGCACGCUCAUCCUCUGUCGGAGGGAGAACAACAUUUUGGCUUCCAAGUUCCAUUCAGGUUCAAAGUGACCCCACCAGAUCAGGCACUUCGUCCUUCGACCCAGCGGUUACUGCCACUCUGCCUCAACUAAUUGCGCCUCCGACGGCGGUUCCUGUCCCUGAAAACGCCAGCAAGAUCACAGUUGGUUUCAAGAAGAAUUUGAAUUAUGAGUUCCUCGUCAGCAGUUCGACGACCGCUGCCCAAAUUUUCCACUUUCUUCCUUUUGUCCUCUCAUUCCCAUUCGAAGAAAAUGGCACUAAAGACUUUUCAUACAAGAGAAGAGGUACUCUUUUGGUUUCUUCAUUCGAAUUCAACAAUACUACCACGUUGAUGCCGGCUCAGUUUCAUCAAGAAACUGUAACAGGGAUAUCGAAAAGAAGUGACUCCGAGUUUCCCUUUAAUGCAUCUGCAGUGGAUGUCAUCCAGAUUAUGCCAAUGAUAAUCAAAGAUAGGAACUAUCUCACAUCGAUAGCGGUGCUAUAUUUUCCUUCCGCAUAUGUCUCCGAACUACAAUCCAUGGUCUCUGAUGAUACUUCGCAACUGUUUAAUAAUCCUGAUCCAACACUCGACGCGCUUGCUGCUCUGAUUGACCCUUCUAUACCUCUCACCGGUUUGAUUGAUGGUUCUACUGGCUCUCUCAAUGGUGGGAACCCAUCCACUCAAAGUCACUCCCCAUCCAGUCCAUAUAAAUCACAGAGCAGCGAUGACAAUAGCGGUAGUUUAGGAACGGCAACAAAUUCUGGGUUGAGUUCUGCCGUUAAGAAGAGGCUGGUUAUUUACCUGACCUGCCUUGUUUUUGGAACACUACUUUGGAUUCUUGUAUUUAUGUUUCUCUACAAGCAUCUUUAUGGCGGUAGAGUUAUUGCCAAAAGAGCCUACCAAAGAGAUGCAGCGCAGGAAGAAAAACAGCAUUAUAAUUUUGCUGAUAUAACCAGUGUUCAUUCUGCUGAAACUGAGCCCGCAAAUGACAAAAGCGAUGAUGUUCCUCAGGAAAAGGAUGUCGCUAGCGCCUCUCAAUCCAGGUACUCUCUACCAGAAGAUCUUAUGAUCACGGGAGAAAACACUGUUUACAGCGUAUCUCAGGGUCUUCAAUAUUUUGUUGCGGAGGACGGGAGCUUCUACUACGCUGGUCCUUUGCAAUCGACUAGUGAGGAGAAUGAAACAACCAAAGGAGAUUCUGCGGACAUUGAGGACAUAAAUGAUUAUCUCUACUCUGCAGAUCAAGAAAGGUCUAUUGUCACAAAUGAGCAGAGCUCUUGUGACAUCGGAAGUUUGCAAAUUGAUGAAGAAGGUAAUUUUGUUGUUUCUGAUCCUAGCCCAAAUGAAGAAGAGCAUGAGAUUACAUCCAGCAAUUCAGCAACCAUCGAACUUUACAACAACAACAAUUUAUACAAGAUGACAAGAACUGUGAACUCAAAUGAGAUAUCGAGCCCUAGAUAUCUCGAUCAGGACAGUCAAGGGGAAAUAUCUGAUGCGGGCAUGGGACAAGAAGGAAAUCCUGAUUUUCUAAGUUCAACUGAACAAAAUUGGCACAUUUCCAGCCCCGAUGAAUCUGAAAACUUUCCAGGUAGAUCGGUCUUUGGAUUUUACGGCAGUGAUGAUAGCAACAAUAUUGUGCAGUCGCUACCUGCUGAGAAUUGCAUUGAUGAGUAUCUUUAUGUGAGCGGCGAUGACGAUAGCUUACUUGAUAGCCCAUUGGGAGUAAGAAUCGAAGAAAUUGAUGAUGAUGCGGUCGACGUCCACGUUGAUGACUUGGACGAACUGGAUGAAGAGAUGUACAAGAGACGUUCAAAGCUUAUGACCCAGCAACAAAGAACCGAAAAUGGUAUGUUGCAUAUGUCAAGAGUCAUGAAGGCAAAGGCUCAAGGAACCAGAAGGAUAUGA